UUGAGAGACUUUUCUUACAAGUUUCACCUUCGGCCGGCGUCAUUAUAGGGAUCUGAAAAUCGAACUGGUAGGUCGGAAUCCAUGGCCGAUCACCAUCACCACCAUCAGAGGCCUCACCGUCUCUCGAUUCCGCCGCGCGCCGGUGAAGUAUCUACCGCCGCCUCUCGUCCUUCUUUCCCUCUCUUCCCCUAUUCUUCUUUAACCCCUACGCCCACUCCCUCCAAGAGCCGCCUCUAUCCGAAAUCCUCCAGCAAAAGCUCAAUUUCAUUUCUGUUUUUUCUUCUCUUUUCGCUUCGAUCACUCUAUUCACUCCUCCCAUUCCUCCGCUCGUCCCCUUCUUUCUCUCUCUUCCCCUUUUCUUUCUUGGUUUCUCUCUUGUCCUUGCUUCUUACUCUCUUUUUCUCUCUUUUUACCAAUUCUUCUUCCACUUCCAACUUCCAAUUUCAAAUUUCCAGGCAGAAUCGAGGAAUUUUCUCUUUGUCUUCGAUUUCGCACUCGCAGCUCAAGACUCUGGUUGCUAAGUCAAUUCUGCUUGCCAUCGUCUUUCUUCUUCGAUUUCAAGCGCUGUUGUACUGUGGAACAGCGGCGAUGAUUCUUGCUGAACUGAUCGGGAACGUGGCGGCUCGAUUCAUGGUCGAAGGACGGAAUCAGAUUACUAUGAAUGAUCGGUUUCGAAGUCGAUCCUCUGAGGUUCGUGGAUUUUUGUCCUUGUUUUUUGGCUUGUUUCUGUUGUCGAUCAGUUGGGACCGAAUUGAUUGCUUCCCAUUUGCAACUUCGUUCAUUGAUAAAUAUGGAUUUUCUGUUGUUCCAAGAGAGAAUUGCAUGACAAUUUGGCCAAUGUUGCUUCCAUUUCUUUCUGGAUUUUUGGGUUAUUAUGAGCGGAUUUCGAUGAAUUGGGGAACUAUCAGGCAAUUAGGUCAGAAAAGAGUUAGAUUGAUUUCACUGUUCUUGACGACGGUUAUCCUUUUUGUGCCUGCUGUAAUUAGUAUGUUCAUGUUUGAAGCGGAGGGGAAGAGUGUUUCCUUUGGAAAUCUGGCAUGGCCUCUUGCAAACACUGUUGUUUUUGGGGUGCUUUUGAAUGAAAAUUAUAGUGAUGAUAAAUUAGUCAGUUCAAAAGAUUUUAGGACUGAAUUUCUAGUCACUUUUGUUUGUACUGUUAUACUGGAGUUGCUGUAUUUUCCUGAGCUCUCCCUCUGGGGAUUGUUGUUCUGUGGAUUACUACUGUAUGUGGCGGUACGAGAUUUGGAUCCUGUUUACCUGAACUAUCUCGAACUUGGGGUCGAGCCAUCUGCUUCGAUUACGACAAUGGUUAUGAAACCUAUUCAUCACAUUCUUAGCGAGCGGAAAUCUCGUAAAAUUGCUCUUUUCCUCUUGAUCAACACUGGCUAUAUGGUUGUUGAAUUUGUUGCUGGUUUUAUGAGCAAUAGUCUUGGGCUGAUAUCAGAUGCUUGCCAUAUGUUGUUUGAUUGUGCUGCUUUGGCUAUUGGACUGUAUGCUUCGUAUAUUUCGCGUUUGCCUGCGAACAAUCGAUUCAACUAUGGACGAGGGAGAUUUGAGAUUCUUUCUGGAUAUGCUAAUGCUGUUUUCCUGAUUUUGGUCGGGGCGCUCAUUGUAUUGGAAUCAUUCGAGCGGAUUUUGGACCCACAGGAGAUAUCUACUACCAGCUUAUUGACUGUUUCCAUUGGAGGACUGGUUGUGAAUAUAGUAGGUUUGAUAUUCUUUCAUGAAGAGCAUCAUCAUGCCCAUGGUGGAUUAGGAUCAUGCUCGCAUUCACAUUCUCAUAUGAACUCGCACUCGUGCGCAGAUUCUCACCGUCAUGACAAGCAUGAACAUGAUAGCUGUAGGAAGCAUGAGAAUCAGAUCUCUGUUACCGAGGAAUGUCGUGAAAGUUCAGUUACUGUCCAUCAUGAACACAGUCAUGUCGAAGUUUGUAGCGAAAGUCACCUCAGUAACCACCAUGAUUGUCAUCAAGAUCACAACCAUACGAACCAUCAUGAUCUUGAUCAUGUUCAUCACCACGAACAUUCUCACCAUCAUCAUGAACAUGACCAACACAGCCAUCUUUCUCAGGUCGAAACCAAUAUGCCGAAGAUCGUUUCUCAUGGUGUUUCAGAAAGUUCACAUAGACAGCCUGCUGAGAUGAAGGUACAUCAGAAGAAGCACCACCAUCACCACAUUGACCACAACAUGGAAGGGAUAUUUUUACAUGUAUUGGCCGACACCAUGGGAAGCGUCGGCGUCGUUAUAUCAACCCUUUUGAUCGAAUACAAGGGAUGGGUAGUUGCCGAUCCAGCUUGUUCCAUAUUUAUUUCUAUAAUGAUCAUUGCUUCAGUUAUUCCAUUACUCAGAAACUCUGCUGAAAUCUUGCUUCAACGAGUUCCUAGGGCGCACGAGCAGGAUCUAAAAGAGGCUGUGAAUGAAAUUAUGAAGAUACAAGGAGUCCAAUAUGUUCAGAACCUGCACGUUUGGAGUUUCACUAACACCGACGUUGUGGGAACGCUACAGCUUCAUGUUUCAACCGAAACUGACAAGAUUUCUACAAAGGCAAAGGUCGAACAGAUACUGCAUGAUGCUGGAAUCAAUGACUUGACAUUGCAACUGGAGUAUGAUCCGCAAGUAUCUUGAUGAGCUUCCUUUCGACAUUGUUUUCGUCGUCAUCUCGUGUGAUUAUUGGACGAUCUGGUUGUUCUUGAUACUCAUAAUCACAAUGCCAGCUGAUGGACUUAUACCGACACGUACAAAGUCGGAGUAAGUUAUCCAUUCCUCUUAUAGCUCUGAAAAUGAAAUGUGAAGAGCCUGAAUUGGUUCGAUCUUGUCAAGCUCAAAGAGGAGCUAUGGUUCAUGUUGGGCAGAACCAGAGAGUGAUGGCUCUUUGUUGGAUCCCUGUUCUACACUCUUAUACUGACUCAAAUGGUAGAUUAGUUUCAAUGUAUUUUGCAGGAUGUGCAGGAAGAACCCGAAAUACUCGUAAUUAUCUUUCGAUGAAUCAAGCCAAUGAGUAGCUCAAAGGUUUGAAUC